AUGGUCAAGGCAUCCACCCUCCUUAUCGGCGCCGGCGCCGCCCUCGUUUCCGCCGCCCCUGCUGCUCUUGAGGAGCGCGGUGCUUGCGUCUUCAAGGAUGCUGCUUCUGCCAUCAAGGGCAAGGCCUCUUGCUCCACCAUCACCCUUGACAACAUCGCCGUCCCUGCCGGUACCACCCUCGACCUCACCAAGCUCAAGAGCGGCACCCAGGUCAUCUUCAAGGGCACCACCUCCUUCGGCUACAAGGAGUGGGAGGGUCCUUUGAUCUCCGUCUCCGGUACCGACAUCACCGUCUCCGGCGCCGCCGGCCACGUCAUUGACGGCAACGGGUCUAAGUGGUGGGACGGCAAGGGUACCAACGGUGGCAAGAAGAAGCCCAAGUUCUUCUACGCCCACUCCAUGAAGUCCUCCACCAUCAAGGGCCUUAACGUCAAGAACACGCCCGUUCAGGGUUUCUCCAUCAACGGCGCUGAGAAGCUUACCGUUUCCGACGUCACCAUCAACAACUCUGCCGGUGACAACGCCGGUGGCCACAACACUGACGCCUUCGACGUUGGCUCCUCCAACGGUGUCACCAUCUCCGGUGCCAAGAUCUACAACCAGGACGACUGCCUUGCCAUCAACUCCGGUACCGACAUCACCUUCCAGAACGGCUACUGCUCCGGUGGCCACGGUCUGUCCAUCGGCUCCGUCGGUGGCCGCAAGGACAACGUCGUCAAGGGCGUCAAGAUCCUGAACUCGACCAUCAAGGACUCCCAGAACGGUGUCCGCAUCAAGACUGUCUACGGCGCCACCGGCUCCGUCUCCGACGUUACCUACAGCGGCAUCACCCUGUCCAACAUCGAGAAGUACGGUAUCACCAUCCAGCAGGAUUACGAGAACGGCUCGCCCACCGGCAAGCCCACCACCGGUGUCCCCAUCACUGGCCUCACCGUCAAGAACGUCAAGGGCAACGUUGGCUCCAAGGGUACCGAGGUCCAGAUUCUUUGCGGCAAGGGCUCUUGCUCUGGCUGGUCCUGGAGCGGUGUCUCCGUCACUGGUGGCUCCAAGAGCUCCAAGUGCCAGAACAUCCCCUCCGGCGCUUCUUGCUAG